UAACGCCUCUCGCUCUCGGUCUCAUCAGUCAUCAGGUCAGUCAGUCUACAACACUUACUCGCUGAGAGAAGACGUAUCGCAUUCGGGAUCCCGCGUUACGUGGAGUUGAAAUUACGCUUGUCCGAAUCGAAGUUGUGCUAUAGGUUGCGUUCAAGGGAAAUAGAUUUGUGCCAAUAUGUCUGAAAUACCCGACAACGCCCCUUCCCCCCGCCUCUGCAUCAUCGUCAAAUGGGCCGACUUCGAAGGGUACGGGUUCAAUCUCCACGCCGAAAAGUCCAAGCCUGGCCAGUUUAUUGGAAAGAUCGACGCUAAUUCCCCAGCAGAAAUGGCCGGGCUGAAGCAAGGGGACCGCAUCAUAGAAGUUAAUGGAGUCAACAUCGCCAACGAAAAUCACAAACAGGUGGUGCAGCGAAUCAAGGCGGUGCCCAACGAGACGAGACUGCUGGUGGUCGACGUCGAGACCGACCAGUACUACAAGAAGAAGAACAUCGUGGUGAAGAGCACCCAGCACAACGUCAUCACAAAGUCCUCCGUCAGAGAGACCGAAGAGGCCUCCUCGCCCAAGGACGCCGACCACCCUCCCCCUUACACCAACGGACACCACCACCAAAAUAAUAACAGUCACCACGACGACGUCGACAACAGAUCCGUGAGUUCGGCGGCCUCUUCGUCAGCUGCCAGCGAAGGGUCCACAUUGCCACAGCCCGUGUGCACAACUGAAGUGGCCCCUCCGGUCGAUACCACAGCAUACCCCGAUCCCGAAAAUGCCCAGGAAGAGACGAACCUACCUCCACCACCUCCACCGGAAGACGGAGGCGAUGAUGACAGUUCCUCUCUAGAUGAGAAAGAUGAACCCACGAUACCUCCUCCCGAAACCGAAGAGGUUAUUGCGUCGAGUCACGAAAAUAUCGAAGCUUUUGUUGGGGAGGACGAUAGCGCCCCAGGAAACGGGGAAGUCUCCUCUCACGAGAGCGUCGAAUCUAGUGCGGCUGAAACGGCCACCAAAUCUGAUUCGGAGGCCGAGCAGCCAGACUCUCUGGCGACGGCCGAGGGCGUUGCAAAGACAGAGGUUCUUGCCUCCUCCGCUUCAAACUCGAACUCACGACGAUCCUCUUCGGCCUCUUCCUCCACUCCCUCAGACACAGCCACUAAUGAGAACACUUCACAGAGUCCCAUGAGCACAUCACCUACACCCCCACCAUCCCUAGAAAACACCAUUAGUAAGUCAACACCUCCUCCACCAGCUUCCUCCACUCCAGCUCCCCCUAAGCCAAGCCACACCAUUCCAACUACACCCAGCAAGACUUCACCCACACCUGUUGCCAAAAAUAAUUAUAACACUGGGGGACUCAACCUAAACAUGUCAGCAGCUGAAAUGAGAGCAGUCUUGGCCCGCAAGAAGAAAGUUGAUCCACGGAAAGACAGCCUUGACCUUAGAAAGAAAUAUGAAAUCAUCCAGAAUAUGUAAAGUUCACCUGGAUGGAAUUGUGUGGAAUUUAUAAAGGCAGUCCUUUCAUUCGUAUAUAUGUUGCUUAUUUUUCAGUUUAAUGCUACAGAAUUUGUUAUUUGUAGUUGCAUUAUUGUAUUCAAAAUAAAAAAACUGCAAGCUUUGUACAAAGCUUAUACUACGCUGUCUGCAUUGUUUAUUUAGAAAAAAAAUGUAUAUGAAUAAGAAGUGUUGUACAUAGAUAUCUAAAAUAUUUGAGUAUGAUGUAAUUUUUAGAUUUCGCUACAAAUCCUUUUUAUCGUUGCUAUGUGUUGAUGUUACUCUUAUCUUAUUUUACACUGGACAUCAUAUGAAGUAUAUAUUUUGUGUAGGUAUAAUCUUUGCAUCUUAAAACGUGGUGCAUUCUCCUUUGAAGUAACUUUUAUCUUAAAAGUUUGAAGUAUGAAAUAAAGCAAUUUAUCAAAGUGCUGUAUUAUAUGUAAUCAUGUAGUUUACAUUUUGUUUUUUUUUUGUUUUUUGUGGCCAGGGCUUGUGGCCCCCUUGUUUUAUCUAUUUAAGAUAUAUUUUUAUUAUGCUGAUUACAUUAUGUCAAAUAUUGGAUGUUUUACAUAAUGACUAAAAAUCUCUCCUGUUGAAGAUGGCAGGCUCAUUUAUGUGAGUUGCCAAUGGUGACGUCCAAGAAUUUUAAAUUGUUUCAUUGAUUUUACUGGUGUGAUAAACACCUUCAACGUACUGCAAUAUAUUAAACAUUUUAGGGAGUUAUAUGAUGACUGUUACUUUGAAAAUAGACAUUUCUGGUGAGGCUAGCAAUAUCACAUAUGAAAAAUAUUUCCAAUCUUUUAAAGAUUAAUAAAGUAAGAAUACCGUUUUUAGUUAUUCUUUCAAAUUAUAAUGAUAAAUGGAUUUGUAAAGUAAGAGUAACAUUUGCUCCCUUUUGCUCACUUUAUAAUUACAACUAAAUUUUACUCUGGGGCAAUUAUCAAGAAUAUUGUUGUAAUGAAAGAUUUAAGUCAUGAAUUCUUCUCUUUUUUUUUUUUUUUUUGUGUAUAUCACAGUUUGCUUAUAACUUGUAACAUAUACAGUAUGUGUAUAUCUUUCUAUCAUCUUAAAGAAAGGUUUAAGUAUUAAGCCAUGUUAUUGGAAAUUCACUCAUCUUUGAAGUUUUAAUAAAUAUAGUAUAUUGUUUCCAUAUGAAUGUAUUAAAAUGAUGCCUUACAUAAAUAUUAAUAAAUCAAUACAUGAGAAGGUUUUCAAUUAAAUUACCUUUUUUUUCAACUUGACAAUAUAAUGUUAUAUGUAUUUUUUCUCAACUUAACAAUAAUGUAAAAUGACAGGAAAAUGCUAUAUGUAUAUACCUAAUGUCAAAAUUUAAAUAAAGACUUGCUGAGAUAGCAUAGGUUACAAACAGAAAAGCAAAGCUAAAUUUGAAAGGAUGUUAAGCAUGAUUACGAAAGGUCUGUAGAGUGUUGAUAGUUUCAUGGUUAUAUUCAUUUAGACUUAGGUAGUUCCCUCCCACAGAUCAUCAAUGUUCACCCUCAUCUGAGGUGUGUCUCACUCCUCCAAUUGUGUUAUUUAUCAGAGUCAGAUUAUCUAUUUUCCUUCGAAGCAACAUUAAAUGAAGGGAUCAUUUAUGUACGAGGGAGUCAGGGAUUGAAGGUUGAAGGUAGUAAUGUUUUAAAUAAGAGCAAAACAGUAAAGGUAAGUGAUCAAAUUAAAAGGAUGGAAGGGAAUUUCAAUCAGACUGGUUCAGAAGUUUAAGAAUGUAAAAUUGAGCAACAAACUCCAGACAGGUUUUGUAGAGCCACAAAAGACAUGACAUCUCAUCAAAAGAUCCCUAGAUAGGUUUCUACUUUCCAUCAUGAAAAAUGUUUUUAUAUCUUCAUUUAGACACCAGGUUUACAUAAAAGUUCAGUUAGUUUCUCCUGUUAUCUCCUAAUUUCCAUUCUUAUAUGUAGGCCUCUGAAGACACAUUAGUAUGAAAUUCAUACUUAAAAAAUUAUGAUGAGAAUGGAAUUCUCCAGCAUCUCUUAUGUGGACCUUCCUGUGUUCAUGUCAUAACACUUCAAGUGAUUUUCUUGCUUAAUGUAGGGGAACUUUCACUAUCAUUCUUGUUGGUGUGGAAAAUUAAUUUUUAUUCUUAUGUGGACCUUCCUGUGUUUAUGUCAUAACACUUCAAGUGAUUUUCUUGCUUAAUGUAGGGGAGCUUUCACUAUCAUUUUUGUUAGUGUUGAAAAUUAAUUUUUAUUCAAAGUGCCCUUUACAUGUACUGUGACAUUACGGUCAGUAUUCAGCCCACUCUACCUUGUGGAAGUAUAGACCUAUUGUAAGUCCUUAUAAGCACAGGUCUAGAAUUGCAAGAGUGAGCUUGAGUAUUAAGGUAGAAGUGUCAUUUCAUAUUAGGAGUAGUAAAUUUUAGUCAUCUCGCUAGUUAAAAGUAACAAUUUUGAAAACUUACUUGAGGUUUCUUAAAGUGUCUUGUGCAGUUGUUAACCCUCGGCAAAAGUGCAGCAUGUACAGUAUUAUGUUUGGAUUGUCUUAAUAGCCAAAGACUUCUAUACAUUCGGGUAUGAGGAUUAGGACUGUGCAUCCAAGGCUGGUCAUUAUCCUUUACAAUGUUUUUUUUAAAUUAUUGUCAGCUGGAAAAUCCUUUCUUCUGGAAACCUGCUCAAGUCAAUAUUUUGUAGUACCAGUAAUAGGUUUUAUGGAACAGGAUUAUAUCUGCUUCUGCUGAAACCACCCUUCAAUAAUUCUGAGAUUUCUAAGACUGUUUUUAAUGGUGGUAGCUGUACUGCACUGACCUUUAGUGGUUUUGUAGCUCUCUAUAUUUUUUUUCCUCUGCACUAAAGAGUAAAUGGGCUUAACAUAAUGGUAGCCAAUUACAUGUUUUUUCUUCUGCUGCCAUGGUGAUUUGUAAUUUCACUGUUAGCUGUCUUUUUUUGCAUAAGUCAUAUGACAGUAUGAGAGACAAAUCCAGUAAAUAUCAUAAAUUUCCUCACUUUCAUUGUAAUAACUAAGGUUUUUACAAAUUGAUAAUGUAUGGAAAAACACUGGUUAAUCUUAAUUCCAUGUAUAAGUGGUCUGGUCAAACAAUUUUUAUAACAAACUGAUGUUGAAAUUUCAGUACUUUUACAUCUUGAUUGCUCAAAUAUUAUAGGUCAUGCUCACGGUGACAUUUUUAGACCAUGAAUUGUGAGCUUUACAGUACGAAUGAAAGUAUGAGAUCAUCUAUACAAUACAGUACUUUAAUUUGUUAAACCACCAAGAAAAAGGAGUCAUACAUAUAGCAUAAUAUAAAAAUUACUUGCAAAAUUAUAUGCUCAACAUGGUAUCAUAUUGUUUUUAUUGUGCCUUAACCAAAAGUCUUGCAGUAACUAUAGAAUAGCAGAUGGGCAGUGUUGUUGGGAUGUAAUUGAAUCUUGAUGGUGCUCUCACAUCAUUAAAGCAUAACGGAUAAUGUAUCUGAAUGCAAUCUUCUAUUGUAAGUUUUAGCAAGAGAAAGUUCCUAUCAACCUUGAUGCUUUGAAAAUGUUGUUUUGCUUAGAAUGUAAACCACUUUUGGUUUGUGAAGUGAUUAUAAUUUCUUACUUGCUUGGUAUUGAUACCAAGCCAUAUAGAAGUUCAAUGUUCAAGUUCCCAGACAUUGAGAACAUUCCAAAAUGCUGCACUUAUAACCUCACCUAUGAUUCUUGUUAUUUAACACUGAAAACCUUUUUGUCACUAUUAUGGUAAAAAAUAAAUAUGCAUGAAGAUCAGAUGGAUUACCUUGUAUACGAAAUAUGAUUUUGAUCAUGUUGAGUGUAUUGUAUUUAAUGAGGUUAAUGGUAACAGAUUUAUUUGGAGAAAUUAAUGCAGUACUAUAUGAACUUUGGAGAUGUAAGUAGCGACAGUUAAAUGAUAGGAUUUGUUUCAGAGAUGAAUGAUGGUCAGUACCUAUAGUUGUUCCCUUUAAUUUGUGACAUAAAUACGCUUAUUGAUUUUGCAUGGAUAUGAUUCAUAAACCCAGCAUGCAAUGACACUUCAACUAUGACAACACAUGGAAGCUUUUAGAUAAAUUUUGUACUUACAUUGUACAGUACUUAAUAUUUCAUGAAUAUGUAGCAGUAUUGCACUGAAAAAGUUUUCUCUUUGUACACAGAAGAUUUUGGAUCAGCUAUACUACAUUGUAUUCAGUAACCUAAAGAUAAUGUGAUUUGGAAAAUGUAUUUAAACUUUAAUAUUUCCUUUUAUUUGUUGUAUAAUUUUAAAAUCAAGUACAGUUUGUAGGAUAUGAUUUUAUUGUAGCCAUAUUUACCAAAUGUAAACUCAUGUUGUGAUAAGUAAUCAGUAUGCAGUAUUUAACCAAUAAAUGGUACAAAAUUC